ACCAAAUAAGAUGUCGUCCGUUGAAGCUGGACUAGCGCUUGGAGGCACCGUCAACUCGGUGGCUGCGCUCGGCUUCGUCCCUGUUGCGAUUCAUUUCCGCCUCUUCGACAUUCUGACGAGGUUCGAGAGGCCGGCUCAUUCGGAAGAAGUCCUUGCUCUAUAUCACAAGGACAUGAAAUCUGGCGAUCACGAGCCAUGUUUGGCUUUGGUUGCGGAUACACUCUUCGCCAUGGCCUGCCUGGGCUUCAUUGACCAAGUGGACAAGUUAUACCAAGCAAAUGCGAUCACCAAGCACCUCGAAGCAACUCCCUCUGCCUUGCACGGGGCACUUCACCUUACAACAGAAGUUCUAUUCGCAUCCGCCUUCCUUAUGCGAAAGCUCCAAGCCGACAACUUCAAAUACCCCUUCCAAGAAAAGGAUACCCCUUUCCAAUACGCCUAUCAAUGCAUCGGCAGACCCGACCUAGCCAACCAACACACCUACUCCAUCAUGGCAUCCGAAGGUCGUAUGGAUAGCUUCAACACCUUCAUGCAAGGCAAAUACAUCAAGACAAGCAGCGCCCCCGAACGCUUCGCUGCACUAGGGUACGAUCUCCAAUCUGUUCUUAACGCAGCUGGCGGCUCCGUCCCCUCAACGAUGGUCGAUAUUGGCGGUGGUCGCGGAGAGCUCCUUCUCGAGAUCAAGGAUGCGUUUCCCCAACUGCAAGAAUCAGAUCUCGUGGUGCAGGAGUUUAACGGGGAUAUUGGAGAUAUUCCGGGCGUCACGCUCUCCACGUGGAAUUCCAAAGAAGGGAAUAGUCCACAGCCUAUCAAGGGGGCAUUGGUCUAUCAUCUGUCGCAUGUGUUGCAUAAUCUGUCAGAUUUAGAGUCUGCGCGGUUACUGCAGAAGGUGGCAGAGGCGAUGGCGCCGUAUUCACGGCUUUUGAUUCACGAGUUUGCGAAACAUGCUGAUCUGGGAAACCUCCAUCCGUUGAUGAUUGUGUUGCAUGCCGGUCGGGAGAGGAGCCAGGAGGAGUGGGCGCAGUUGGCUGCGUUGGCGGGGUUGAGGAUUACAUUUGAAGCGUAUCCUAAAGCUGGGGAGGGCUUGAUUGAGAUGCGGAAGAUUUGAUUACUCUUUGAUGUAUGCGAUUGAUGCUUAAGCGCCUGCUCUAUGCUUGCAGCAAAUGAAAUGUUACCUAGGGCACGUACUAGUAAGGGUACGGCGAUAUCGUCCUG